AUGUUUGUGAAUGCUAUACCUUUGCGAUGUCAACUCGAUCCUCAUUUAUCAUUCCAUCAACUUACUGAGCACGUUCAAGAUAUUAUGAUAAACUGUACUAAAUAUUCAUAUUUUCCUCUUCAACGUAUUCUCAAUCAACAUCCAAAUAUAUCAAAUCCUGUAUUUCUUGAUACAUCGUUUGAGUUUCUAUCAUCUACAAGAAGAGAUGAGAAGAAUGAAAUAAUGAUUGGUGAUAGUCGAUUUUCUUUACUACCUUAUUCAAUUAAGAUUAGUGAAGAUGAAAUAAUGAGUAAAUUUGAUUUUAUUCUUAGUUUUCAACAUAAUCUGGAUCUAAAUGAACUCUCAUGCACAAUCAAUGCAUCGCUUGAUUUAUUUAAUAUUGAAACAGUUUGUUUAAUUACACAAAGAUUACAAGCAAUGUUGCAUCAACAGUUCACAUGUUUCGGCUGUACAACAAACAAACCAAUCCAUGAAUUAUCAUUAACUUUAUCAAAUGAACAAUAUCUAAUGCAAUCAUUGAAUAAUACACAAAUAUCAUUUUCAUCUCCUCUCACUUGUAUUCAUCAUGAGUUUGUAUAUCAAGUAAUGCAACAUCCACAAAAACUAGCAGUUGAACUAGAUGAACAAUCAUUGACAUAUUGUGAACUUCUAUAUUAUGUUCAGAUCUUAUCUGUAACUCUUCUUAAUGAAAAUCAUGUGGUUCCAGGUGAGGUCGUGUGUCAAUGUGUUGAGCGAAGUUUGUCAAUGGUGAUUGGUAUAAUGGCUAUUGAAAUGGCUGGUGGUGUAUAUUGUCCAUUAUCGUCUCGAGAUCCACAACAUCGUUUGCAUGCACUCACACAGCAAACACAAAGUCGUCUUAUUCUUGUUCAUCAUUUAACUAAGAUCAAAUUCGAUCAUGAUAUUGCUGCACUUGAUAUUGAUUCAAUAUUAAAGGUUAAUAAUAUGGAUAGUGACAUGAAUUAUAAUUGCCUUGAGGGUGUGAAAGUGAAAGGCGAAGAGAUAGCGUACGUUAUUUUUACUAGUGGUUCAACUGGUAUUCCGAAAGCGGUUCAAGUUCGACAUCAGAACUUUAUUGAUUGUAUACAUUCUUUGGCUUAUAUUAACUCAUUUAAUAAAGAUGAUACAGUUGUACAAAUGACACGAUGUUCAUUUGACAUCCAUGUUCAAGAAAUACUUGGUACAUUGUUGGCGGGAGGCACAUUGAUUAUGCUUCAUCCUGGUGGAACAAUUGAUUUCGUGUAUUUAUUCGAAGGUAUGUUUAUUGUUGUAGGUGAAUCUUUUUCUGUUCCUUUAAUUGAUUUGAUUGUAAAAAUCGGUAUAACAAACUGUAUUGUGUGGAAUUUGUAUGGUCCAGCAGAAGCAACCAUAGGUUCUACACUUUAUUGUGUGAAUGUUACAAAUGAUACACAGAAGAUUCCAAUUGGGAGACCACUUCCUAAUUACCGAUGUAUGAUUAUCAAUCAAUACUUACAACCAUCUGUUAUCGGCCAAGAAGGUGAGCUGCUAGUGGGAGGAGUAGGUGUCUUUGCUGGUUAUCUUGAUCGUGAUGAUUUAACUGCAAAAGCUCUUGUUGAAAUAGAUGGUCAACUAUUUUAUCGAACAGGUGAUCUUGUCGGAAUGGAUAACGAUGGUCUUCUUCAUUAUCAAGGAAGAAAAGAUCAUCAGGUAAAACUACAUGGACAACGUAUUGAACUUGGUGAGAUCGAACGAUGUUUACUUAACAUUACAUCUAUCUCUGCUUGUGUUGUCAUGAAAUGGAACGAUGAUCAUUUAGUUGCAUAUGUUCAAAGUUCUGAUAUUAAUGAAAGAGAAUUGCGUGAACAUUGUCAAUCUCAUCUUCCACCACAUAUGAUACCGUCAAUAUUCAGUAUACUUGACAAAUUACCUUUGAAUCAAAAUGGAAAAGUAGAUCGAAAACGUCUUCCUUCACCCGACUUUUCUCUAUCGACUUUGUUAUCGUCCGAUAAAUCUGAUACGUCUCUUAAUCAGUUCGAAGAACGUAUACACAUUAUUUGGUGUCAAGUUCUUCAUUGUAAUGAAAACCACAUUUCUAGAACUACCAGUUUUUUUAGUGUUGGUGGUCAUUCACUUUUAUUUAUUGAACUUUAUCAUCAUUAUCAAUCAGUAUUUAACUUUGAUACUCAUACACUUUCGAUUGCUCCAUUUCUUCAACAACCAACUAUAUUUCAACAUUCACAACUACUUCAAACAGUUACAAUCAAUAAUAACAAGGCAACACAAUGGUACACGUUACAUAUAAAUGAAGGUGUUGCCUCUUUUGCUCAAGAGCGCAUAUUUCUUGAUGAACAAGUUCGUUUUUCGAGUAAUAUUGCUAUCUAUAAUGAAUUGUUCACUUUACAACUUGUUCAAGGAUCAUUAUCAUUAAAUCAUUUAUCACAAGCACUUCGAUAUGUUUUGAAUAAACAUAAAAUAUUACGUACAUUCCUUGUAUUUAACAAUGAUAAUAGUAGUAUGAAACAAUGCAUCACAGAUAUACAUAAAACAUUCAGAAUAACUAUGAAUCGAACAUUUGAAAACAACGAUGAACUUCGAGAUAUUAUUUGUCAAACAACUAUUAAUCCUAAUCUCUUCGAUUUAUCAACUGGUCGUGUUUUUCAUGUUGAAAUACUAAGACAUCAAAUACUAUUAAAUGAAAAUGAAAAUAAUAAUAAUGAAUUCAUGACUAAUUCUGAUGUUCUCCUCAUUGCUUUUCAUCAUGCAGCAUUUGAUCGAGCAAGUUUUCCGAUCUUUUUCAAUGACCUAUGUUUAGCUUAUAAUACGAAUGCAAUAUCAAUAGAAGACAAUGACGAAUCAUUGCAAUAUAUUGAUUAUAGUGUACAUGAGCGUCUAAUUGAUAUGACAACAUCUCGUGCAUUUUGGUAUUUACAAUUAGAAGGAUACAAUUUCGACUCUCGACUAUUAUUACCAGUUGAUCGACAUCGGUCAUCUAAUGAUCAUCGAUCGAGUUCUGCUUCUGUCACUCAAAUCUCUUUUAACAACGAAAUUUCACAAUUAUUUCUUGAUUAUGCUUCUAUACAUCAUGUGACACCAUUUCAGUUAGGUCUAAGUAUAUUAUAUGCUUUUCUUUUCAAGUUAACGCAUGGUGAAAAUGAUUUAUGUAUUUCUUGUCUUAAUGCUAAUCGACAUAAAACUGAACUGCAGAAUAUAAUGGGAAUGUUUGUUUCGACACUACCAUAUCGUAUUCAAGCUGAACCUCAUUGGUCAUUUGAUGAACUCGUUAAGUAUGUGCAAGAAAAAUGUUUAUCAAUUCUUGAACAUUCACAUUAUCCACUUCAACAGAUUCUUGCUAAUUUACAUAUUAAUCAAUCAAAUAUUUCAUUUCUCGAAACAAUGUAUGACUUUAUUACUUUAUCGUCACACAGCGAUGAAUUAUCUUUGGAUGGAGCAGCUUUUGAACAUGUGUCAGCAGAACAACCGUUUGAAGUGGCUAAGUUCGAUUUUAUGCUAACAUUUAUCUAUAAUCCACUGUUAGAAAAUAAUAGACUAUCAUUUCGUUUUACUUGUUCACGGGAUCUGUUUGAUGAGAUUACAGUUACAAAUAUAGGUCGAAGAUUAGAAUAUUGUUUUCAACAACUUUUUUCAUCGUAUGAAACUAUCAAUCGAAUUGAUACGUGUUUUACAUCUAUAUCGAAAAUUAAUCUUAUUCUACCAGAAGAAACUCAAGAAAUGGAAGAUAUUAUCUUUUGUCGACAAUCACAUAUUAUAAACGAAGCAACGGCAUCGUUUGCACAAACUCGUAUAUGGCUUGAUAAAAGAAUUUGCUUCGAUCCGGACAAGCCUCAGCUAACAAUCUACAAUAUGCCUUUUGUUUAUCAUCUACAACCAGGUCAUAUUUUAUCUGUACAGCAGCUUCAUCAUGCUCUUCAUCUCACCGUUCACAGGCAUCUCUCACUUCAUACAUCACUUCAUUUUGAUAGUGCAAAGAAUUUACUCAUGCAACGAGUCGUUGAUAUGAAUGACAACAAUAGACAACUUUUCACAUUUAUUGAAAGUACUCAUGAAACUGAUAAACAACUCAAUGAUAUCAUUGAAAAUGAGAAAUGUAAUCCUCAACUUUUUGAUCUUGCUCAAGGGCUUGUCUUUCGAUGUCAUAUUAUCUACUACAAAGGGAUUUCUUCAGAUCAUCUUCUUUCUCACAAAGAUCUAAUUAUCUUCAACUUUCAUCAUGCUUUCUUUGAUUAUCCAUCAAUGGAUAUAUUUCAUCAUGAUCUUAAUCAAGCAUAUACAAUAGGUCAACUAUCAUAUGAUGACAACAAUAAUCUACGUUAUAUCGAUUAUGCUCUUAUUGAGCAACAAAUGUCCAUGACUGGCGCAAGUAUGUUUUGGCUUGAUGCUCUUCAUGAUUGUAAACUCGAUCAAUCUUUGUCAUUACCAUACGAUCGAUAUCGUCUCACGAAUGAACAUCGAACUAAUCGGACAACAUCUAUCUCUUUUGAUUUUGGUCAAGAUCUUUCCCAUCAUUUUCUUCUGAAUGCAUCAUCAAACAAUAUCAAACAUGAACAUCUAGCACUUGCUAUUUACUUUAUCUUCUUAUUUAAAUUAACGAAUGGUGAAAAAGAUUUAUGUAUUUCAAUGAACAUCAACAAUCGUUAUAGAAACGAACUGAAAUCUAUAAUUGGAUUGUUUGAGAAUAUCAUUUCAAUGAGAUGCCAAUUAGAUCCUUACUGGUCUUUUCAAUAUCUAAUCGAUUAUGCUCAAGAGAUAACAACUAAGAGUAUGAAAUAUUCAUAUUUUCCACUACAACAUAUUCUCAAUCAACAUCCAAAUAUAUCAAAACCAGCAUUUCUUGAUAUGUCAUUUAAAUUUCAAUCAUCUAUGACAAGAAGUGACAAUAAACUAAUAAUGAUUGGUGAUAGUCAACUUUCAUCGAUACCAAUCACAAUGAAUAUUAAUGAUAAUGUGAUUACAAAUAUGUAUGAUUUCUCACUUAUAAUUCAACAUGAUCUCAAUAUCAAUCGACUCUCAUGCACAAUCAAUGCAUCACUUGAUUUAUUCAACGUAGAAACAAUCGAUAAGAUAUCUCAACGAUUUCAUUCAACCUUGAAUCAAUUAUUUACAUCUAUUGGUGAUCAAGUGAAUAAAUCGAUCUAUGAAAUAUCACUAAUAUUAUCAAAUGAAAGAUUGCUCAUGCAAUCAAUGAAUAAUACACAAGUAUCAUUUUCUUCUGUAAACUGUAUUCAUCAUAAGUUUGUGUGUCAAGUAAUGAAACAUCCACAAAAAGUAGCUGUUGAACUUGAUGAACAAUCUAUGACAUAUGCUGAACUUCUACAUUAUGUCCAAGUAUUAUCUUUAACUCUUCUUAAUGAAUAUAAUGUAUUUCCAGGUGAAAUCAUUUGUCAAUGUGUUGAGAGAAGUUUGUCGAUGGUUAUUGGUAUAAUGGCAAUUGAAAUGGCUGGUGGUGUUUAUUGUCCAUUAUCACCUCGAGAUCCACAACAUCGUUUAUAUACACUUGUACAACAAACACAAAGUCGUCUUGUUCUUAUUCAUUGGUUGACAAAAACGAAAUUUAAUGAUGAUAUUGUGCUACUUGAUAUUGAUUUAGUUCUAACUGACACAAAGGCGGACUAUAAAGUUCAUGUCAGUAAGCUGACAAAUGUAUUAGUAGGUCCAGACGCUGUAGCCUACAUCAUCUUCACAAGUGGCUCAACAGGAACACCGAAAGCGGCUCAAGUUUGGCAUCAAAAUUUCAUUCAGUUGAUGCGUUCGUUAGUACGCGGUGAUGUAUUGAAUGAAAACGAUAUAAUUAUGCAAGUAGCGCGUUGUUCAUUUGAUCUUCAUAUUCAAGAUAUUAUUGGCACAUUGAUAACAGGAGCUUCAUUAGUAAUGCCACAUCUUGGAGGAACCAUCAACUUUGACUAUCUAAUUGACGUUGUCAAGUCGAAGAAUGUUACAUACUUCACAACUGUGCCAACUAUUCUUCAACAUUUGUUUAGUUUUUUGCAAAAAUCUAAUCAGCUUACAGCUGUCAAAAGUCUACGAUCCCUUUGCAGCGGUGGUGAAAUAUGUUCUGUCAAUCUCGUACACUUAAUCUUAAGUUCAGUCCCACAUUCUUGUAGAUUAUGGAACUUGUACGGUCCAGCCGAAGCAACUAUAGUUUCUACCUCCCAUAAAGUACAUGUUCAAACUAAUGUACGUAACAUCUCAAUCGGUAGACCACUUUUUAAUUACCGAUGCAUUAUUAUAAAUCAAUACUUACAAUCAUCUACCACAGCUCAAGAAGGAGAAUUGUUUAUAGGAGGAGUCGGUGUCUUUGCUGGUUAUCUUAGACGUGAUGAUUUAACUGCAAAAGCCCUUGUUGAAAUAGAUGGUCAACUAUUUUAUCGAACAGGUGAUCAUGUUACAAUGGAUAACCAUGGUCUUCUUUAUUAUCAAGGAAGAAAAGAUCAUCAAAUCAAACUUCAUGGACAAAGAAUUGAACUUGGGGAAAUUGAACGAUGUUUACUUAGCAUUACAUCUAUUUCUGCCUGUGUUGUUGUGAAAUGGAAUAAUGAUUAUUUAGUUGCUUAUGUUCAAUCUUCUUCUCAUAUGAAUGAAGAACAACUACGUCAACACUGUCAAUCUCAUCUUCCACCACAUAUGAUACCAUCUUUCUUUAUUAUACUUGAUAAACUACCUUUGAAUCAAAAUGGAAAAGUAGACAGAAAACAACUUCCUUCACCCGACUUUUCUACAUCAACUUUGUUAUCGUCCAAUAAAUCUAAUACUCCUCUUAAUCAGUUCGAAGAACGUAUACAUACUAUUUGGUGUCAAGUUCUUCAUUCUAAUCAAAAUCAAAUUUCUACAACUACCAGUUUUUUUAGUGCUGGUGGUCAUUCACUUCGCUUUAUCGAACUCUAUUAUCGUUAUCAGUCAUUAUUCAGUUUCGAUGCUCAUUCACUCUCGAUUGGUCUCUUUCUUCAGCAACCAACUAUUCGACAACAUGCACAACUACUUCAAACACUUCCAUCUAAUGAUACGCAGGCAACACGAUGUCAGAUACUACAUAUCAAUCAAGGUAAAACAUCUUUAAAUUAA